GCGAGCCAACGCCGCUGUGAUGCUUGGGCGCCGAGAGGCCGCGGCGGCGAAGCCGGAGUUCAGCGGCUGAAGGGAGAGAGAGGAGGGGAGACGGCGCGACAUGUUUCGCUGUGCAGUUAACCGAUGGUGUGCUGGGGAAGAAAAACGAGUUGACAGUCGCACGAUUUAUGUUGGUCAUCAUCCAACUCCUGAGAUAGAAGCAUUUCUUCCUCAGAAUUUCUGUGACAACAGGAUAGUUUCAUCAAAGUACACGUACUGGAACUUUAUUCCAAAAAAUCUGUUUGAGCAGUUCAGAAGAAUAGCAAACUUUUACUUUCUCAUUAUAUUCCUUGUUCAGGUUAUUGUUGAUACUCCAACUAGUCCAGUUACAAGUGGACUUCCUCUGUUUUUCGUGAUUAUUGUGACAGCAAUUAAACAAGGCUAUGAAGAUUGGCUCCGACACAAAGCUGAUCACUCUGUGAAUAAAAGCCCAGUUUAUGUUGUUGAUGGAGGAAAGAUUGUGGAAAAGCAAAGUGAAAAAAUUCAGGUUGGGGAUAUUGUGUGUGUGAAAGAAGAUGAAACGUUUCCAUGUGAUCUCAUUCUGCUAUCCUCAAGUAGGGAAGAUGGCACCUGCUAUGUCACUACUGCUAGUUUGGAUGGGGAAUCAAGUCAGAAGACAUACUUUACUGUGCCAGACACUAGUGCGUUCCGUACAGAGAUGGAAGUUGAUUCUUUGAGCGCCACCAUUGAAUGUGAACAACCUCAGCCUGACCUUUACAAGUUUGUUGGACGCGUUCAUGUUUUCAGUGAUAAGCAAGAACCAGUUGCAAGAUCUUUGGGCCCUGAAAACCUGCUUUUAAGAGGAGCCACGUUAAAGAACACGGAUAAGAUAUAUGGUGUUGCCAUAUAUACUGGGAUGGAAACGAAAAUGGCCUUGAAUUACCAAGGAAAGUCACAGAAACGCUCUGUGGUGGAAAAGUCAAUUAAUGUUUUUUUAAUAGUGUACUUGUGCAUAUUGGUCAGUAAAUCUUUGAUAGGCACCACGAUGAAAUACAUUUGGCAAAGUGAUCCUGCUAAUGAUGAGCCUUGGUAUAGUUCAAAAACAGGCAAAGAAAAAAAUAUCAACCAGCUUUUGAAGAUGUUCAUCGACUUCCUCUCCUACAUGGUGCUCUUCAACUUCAUUAUUCCAGUUUCUAUGUACGUCACUGUGGAGAUGCAGAAAUUCUUGGGUUCUUACUUCAUUACGUGGGAUAAAGACAUGUACGAUGAACAUUUGGGUGAAGGCGCACUGGUAAACACAUCUGAUCUCAAUGAGGAGCUGGGACAGAUCCAGUAUGUUUUCACGGAUAAAACUGGAACCCUGACUGAGAACAACAUGGAAUUUAUUGAAUGUUGCAUAGAUGGAUUCAAGUAUAAAAACUUCGUUGAUUCAUGUGUUGUGGAUGGAAUCUCUUCAAAUGAUGGUCCUUGUAGUAGUGUCUGUGGAAUGGCUGGAAAGGAAAAAGAGGAGCUGUUUCUUCGUGCUCUAUGCUUAUGCCACACUGUUCAAGUAAAAGAAGAAGACAAAGUAGAUGGUCUGUUAAAGCAGCAUGGGGGCUCAUAUACAUAUAUCUCAUCAUCUCCAGAUGAAGUUGCUUUGGUACAAGGUGCUAAAACAUUGGGCUUCACCUUUCAAGGAAUGGAAAACAACCGGAUGAAAAUACAAAAUAGAGAGACAGAAAUUGAGAUAUAUGAACUUCUGCAGAUUCUCAGCUUUGACCCUGUUCGUCGGCGUAUGAGUGUAAUUGUGAGGGAGAAUUCAGGGAGAAUUUUCCUUUUCUGUAAAGGAGCAGACUCUUCAAUUUUUCCAAAAGUAAACACUGGAAAACAGGAAGAAAUAAGACUACAUGUAGAAUGCAGUGCUGUGGAUGGUUUGAGGACUCUCUGUGUUGCUUAUAAAGAACUCACUCAAGAUGAAUACGACCAGAUCAGCACACAGCUUCAGGAAGCUAAAAUGGCCCUAAAGGAUAGAGACAAAAAGUUAGCAGAUGCUUACGACAAAAUUGAAAUUGAUUUACAUUUAAUUGGUGCAACAGCUGUUGAAGACAAGCUCCAAGACCAAGCUGCAGAAACGGUUGAAGCCUUGCGCUCUGCAGGUAUGAGCGUGUGGGUGCUCACAGGAGACAAGAUGGAAACAGCAAUGGCCACGUGUUAUGCCUGCAGGCUUUUCCAUACUAACAUGAAGCUUUUAGAACUGACAACAAAAAACAUUCAGGAGUUCAAAGCAAGAAAUGAGGCAAAAGUGCAUGAGCUACUGCUGGAACUACACAAAGUGGUUGUCCAAGAUAAAAAAUAUUCUUCCGUCAGUCAAUUAAGAAGUUGGUCUACCACGCAGGAAUUUGGUUUGAUCAUUGAUGGUGCUGCUCUGUCACUAAUAAUGAAACCAACCCAAGACGGGAGCACAGGCAACUACAAAGACCUGCUGUUGCAAAUAUGUCAGAGGUGUACUGCAAUUUUAUGUUGCCGAAUGGCACCGUUACAAAAAGCACAGAUUGUAAAAAUGGUGAAGAACACAAAGGAGCAUCCUAUCACAUUGGCAAUUGGUGAUGGUGCAAAUGAUGUCAGCAUGGUUCUAGAGGCACAUGUUGGGAUUGGUUUAAAAGGCAAGGAGGGUCGCCAAGCAGCGAGGAACAGUGAUUAUGCAAUACCAAAGUUUAAACAUCUGCAGAAGCUUCUUCUUGCUCAUGGACAUUUGUACUACAUUCGGAUAGCACACCUCGUUCAGUAUUUCUUCUACAAGAAUCUUUGCUUCAUCUUUCCUCAAUUUUUAUACCAGUUCUACUGUGGAUUCUCUCAGCAGCCACUGUAUGAUGCAACUUACCUUACAUUUUAUAAUAUCUGCUUCACUUCUCUGCCAAUAUUGUUGUAUGGUCUGCUGGAACAGCAUAUAAGCAUUGAAAUGCUGAAAAAAGAUCCCUCUCUGUACAGGAAUAUUGCUAACAAUGCAUUGCUACAAUGGAAGCCUUUCCUUUAUUGGACAUUUCUGGGGCUAUUCAAUGGUCUCGUGUUUUUCUUUGGGGCUUAUUUCCUCUAUGACAAUUCAACCCUUACAGACAGUGGUCAGGUUUAUGGAAAUUGGACUUUUGGAACAAUUGUCUUCACUGUUCUGGUAUUUACAGUUAAUCUGAAGCUUGUAUUGGACACUCAAUACUGGACGUGGAUCAACCACUUUGUAAUAUGGGGCUCUUUAGUCUUUUUCGUCAUCUUCUCUUUCUUUUGGGGUGGCAUCAUAUGGCCUUUCCUGAAGCAGCAAAGAAUGUACUUUGUCUUUGCACAGAUGCUGACUUCUGUUUCAGCAUGGCUUACUAUAAUUUUAUUAAUAACUGUCAGUUUGAUGCCUGACGUUAUGGUAAAAGUCUUGAGCAAGCACCCAGACAAAGGCAGACUGCAGAGUUUAAAAUUUGCAGAGCCAGAGUUGCUGACAGUGAGAUAUAUUAAAGAUGGUCCUUUCAGCAGAAAUCCUAAGUCUGAAGUGAAUUGAUCAACCUGUGAAGAAAUAAGUGUGGUCAGACUGAUGAAUACACAGUAAAACCGCCCUUUAUACCCUGUGCCUGUGCUAUUAUUGGCCCUGAACUUCUUUGGACUUGGCCCUAAGAAAUCCAUUUAGGGUUAUCUGAAAACAAAUAUGACUUUGGUGUGCAGAGUUUCUGGAUCAGAAACUGCAGAGUGAUCUGUGUUCUGAGAAUGCAAUUCUUUUAAUGUAAUAGGUAAACUAAGUUGCCUUGUUCGGUGGCUUUGUCAUAUUAUUCAACAAAACUUCAAAAAUAAUCUUGUAAAAUGCUUUACCCUUAUUCACUCAUCAAUGUAUUUAAGUUCGAGUUGUCAUUGUUACAAUAUAUAUUUUUUAACCACACUUUAGUAAUCAGGAAUUAGAAAACCAUUUGUCAAUAGGUAUUGCAAGUUGCUGUGUUUGUGUGAUAAUGUCAGUUGUGUAACUGAAUGCUAUUAACCUAUUGAUUAGACAAAAAUGUUUGGUUCAGAGAGAUACACAAAGCGACAGUUUCUGUUGGUUUUUAUAUUUUUAAUUCUAUCCUAGUGCAAUUUGGAAUGGCCCAUUGUCUAUGUUGAUAGUAUAAAAAUCUGUGUCUUUUGAACAUUCAUUCGCUAGCAUCAAUUGAUCACUGGAUUAAGACAACUGUUUCGUUCCUUGCCUCCAGAUGAACUAUUUACAGAUUAUUGUACUUUAAACCAUAUAAUGCAAGUUGGUGAAGUAGCACUUACCAUAGGAGUUCUAAACAUUGGUAGCAUUUUUGAAGCAUGAAUAUAAACCAGCAUUGUUCAAGUUUUUAAAAAAAUCUUACCAGGGAAUAGAUCAUCUUUAUAAUUCAGGAUUAAAUAUAUCAGAAUGUAUGAGGUAUUAGUAUAGUUAGUAAGAUAAUGCACACUCUCGAUCUUGAAAUGUGAUGAAUACAAAUACUGACAUUUUAUAUAUGUACAUAUAAAAAUGAAGUUUCUGUAUGAGCUUUAAAAACAGGAAUAAACAAAUAUGCUCUUGAA